UGAUUAUACUAGUAACAGACAGAACUGUAUAACGAACCCUGCUGACAGCUUUACUUCAAUUUUUUUUUUAAUAUUUAAACACAUAUUUCAGAGAAAGGCGCUCUUUUGUAUUAUUUGUUAUUUUUAACCAUGCUUUUCUCCAAAGGGAAUUAUUUUAUUCUUUGCCUGCUUUAUGCCAGCUCUUCUCUAAGCCAAUACCUUCAAAAUGUGUGCACGUCAACCCAAUACAGCUACAAUUGCAUCAAGGAUGCAGUGCGGCGCAGUGAACAACAGUUGGUGGAAGUAAAAGAUGUAUUGAAUGAAAAGGAGUUGGAAAACCAGAAAAUCCGUCAGCAAAUUAUAACCGCCACCAAUGAUUCAACAAAGGCACUGCGAGAUUUGUCACGAAAAAUAGAAGGCGAGACGAGUGCUACUGAAGCUGUUGAAAAAAAGAUAAAUGACAUAUCAGGACUAUUGAUUGGUAGAUUUCAGGAUAGCAAAACUGCUAUUGAGAACCUCUCUGAGAAAGUCACUGAAUUGACCGCUAAUAAUGCAAAAGGUGCUGAUUUGAGCCAGAUAAUUCAAAAACUGGAGGCGCUGCAGUUGCAGAUUAAUAAUAUCACUUCAAAUUGUGCUUCUAAUGUUGUAACAAGACUCAGGAGCAGACGCUCCACAAUUCCACAAUAUAUCGAAAGUCGGCUGGUCACACUUCCAUCAGGGAGAUAUCUCAUAAGCGAACAACUGGUUACGUGGUAUGAGGCUUUAGGAAUGUGCGAGUUGAUCGGCAUGCAAUUGGCUACUCCUAACACAGCGCAGAAAGACACGGACCUCCUCAAUCUGAUGGGCAAUCGGGGUAACGUGUGGAUGGGAGCUACCGACUUAGGCACCGAGGGCUUUUUCUACUGGGCCACAAACGGAGAUCCCAUCGGUCCAUACACAAACUAUGGCAGAGUCGGACCGCCUAACAAUUACGCUCGCAACGAACACUGCAUGCACUAUUGGCACAACAAGGUAUGGAAUGACUUCCACUGUGAUGCGAAACAAAGAUUCAUCUGCGAAGAAGUUAUUCCCUGAAUAUAUGGAUCUUGUUCUAGCAAAACUUAUAAAACUGUAAGCUGUAACCAAAAAUUGUAUUGAAUAACCAUAUUAUUGUUAUUCUAUGAUAAUUAUACUUUGUUGAAAAAAUCGGAACAUUUUAAUCUAGCCCCAUCCAAAAUAAAUUAACAAAGACA